AUGUUGAAAUACAAUUCAAAUUCCUGUUUUGCAGAUUUUCGCAGUUUGCAUUUUCUGAUGGAAGAUGCUUUGGAGCUCAUUGAGCGCGAGGCAGGACGACUGACAAGGCAUUUGCAAGCCGUUGAGUUGCAACGCUUGGCGCAAAGCAGCAGCUGGUGGUGGAAGCAGGUGCAGGAGGCCAAAGGUGCCUGGGAAGACUUGGCACGAUGGCGUUUCGGACAAAAACUGACAGGUCCGUGGCCAAAACUUUGGGCCUCCAAGCUGCAAGAGGAGGAAGACACGCUGAAUCGCUUCGAAGGCGGAGCACUGAAGUCUGAGCAGGUCCUGGUCUUCACCAGCUUUGUUCGGUGCUGGGUCAGCGAUGAGCAGAUGCUGGUAGCAGGGCUUUACAACGGGGCACUGCAAGCAGUUCAUUGGAAGACUGGACAGAAGGAGCUUUUAUGUGGUCGUCAUGGUGAUGAAGUCAUCGCAGUGGCUCUGAACGAUGAACACAUUUUGUCUGGUAGUGGAGAUCCUGGUUACUAUGCUCGUCGACCUUUGGAUGCCUCCGUGCGUUUGUGGCGACGCUCAGAUGGAGCAGCGCUUGGUUGUUUUGAAGGUCAUGUAGAUUCUGUACGCUGUGUGGCGUUAUUCAAAAGUCAACCUUUGAUGGGCUUUGGCAUGUCCGGAAGUCUGGAUUGUCAUGUGAUUCUCUGGAACUUGACCAAUGGAUCCGUCGAAUGUGCAUCUCUUUUAAGUGGACCGUGCCGUUGCAUGAGUAUCCUCUGCGAAGAUGUCGAUUCCAAUGGUGCUCGAGCUCGUAUCCUCGCUGGUUCGGGUGAAGGUGUUGCUGAACUGGCUGUCAGCGUCAGACAGGGUGCGGUAACUGUAACACAACUGAAAUUCGUCUCUGCCUACGUGGAGGUCUCUUCGCUGAGUUACUUUCACGGUAGCUAUCGACAGGAGAUUGACCAAGGGUGUUGGCCAAAGAGCUUCCUCGGUGCCCCAAUGAAAGUCGCAGUGGGAAGUGUAGAUGGACAGCUUGCUCUACUGCAAGGUGGGAGUUGCCGUGCGGUUCACGAGCUCUUCAAGUCUCGGCAUGGCAAUCGUGAUGUAGUUUCAAUUGUGAUGAUCAGCGAGAGUCGCAUUUUGCUGGUCAGUAGAGCAGGAAUCAUGACCUUUCUUGCAUGGAACGGACUCCUGGCUUCGGAUGGUCCUUGUAGACAACUUUGGUCCAAGACAGGCCUUGAUCCUUGAUAUGCCUGCAGAUGUCUGCAGUAUUUGCCAAUUUGGACCAAGAAGCUUCAAUCCGAAAGCCAAGCAGAAAAGCAUCGCGUUCUACUGUCCAGACUCUCGGAAUGAUCAUUUUCCAGCUUGUCAGGGCAAAGAUGCUGAGAAACUGUGUUGUGGAAACUCGUUCCUCAUUUUAUGCUGCUUUCUGUUGCAGGAUGGCGCAUGUACACCUCAACCAUCGGUCUCUGGGGCCCUCGUCGAUUGAUCUCCGAUGGCUUUGACAAUGUCAUUCGUGUCUUCACACUGGAAAGCAAACCUCAUUUCGAAAAGAUGAUGAUGGAUUCUGAUGAGGAAUCGGCCUCUGAAUAAAACCUCGCUUGCGUUUCUGA